GGAGGAGGAGGAAAAGGAAAGGAAGCGAAGGCCAGCCUGAGGAGCCGCUGCAUGCUGCAGCAGCGGGAGAUGUGGGCUUGUCGUGCCGCUGCAGCGCCAGGACGCGACCAGGGAGCUCGGCUGCCGCGGAGAGAUUUUGCUGGGCUCCGCCACCGUCGGCAGCAGCAACAGCCACCCUAUUCCCGGUGAAAGGCAACAGAGGAACUGGGAUUACCCUGGCUGACGCCGCCGCCGCCAAGCAGGAACUAGUCAAGCCAACUCUUGGACAAACACAAACCCGGUCCCCUUCGCUUCCGUGCUCAAGGAGGAAGAAGACGUGUGCGACGGCGGGGAGGGGGGAGAGAAGCUGUUUGUCAAGCUGCUAGUUUCGAGGGGGGGGGCACUCCAAAGGAUUGAGGCCAUUCCAGCGGUAGGGUGUGAAGUAGGGGCAGAUCGGGGCUUUAACAAUGGUGAGGUUUCUGGUGAGCUCCUGCUGCGCCCUGGCUGCCUCGGUGCUGGUCCAUCCCCGUAUCGGAUCACGGUGAGGAAAAAAUGAGCGAAGAGACGGCGAAUUCUAACGAUAAUAGUUAUGCCUGUGUGCGAGCUGUGGUGAUGACCCGUGAUGACUCAAGUGGUGGAUGGUUACCACUUGGAGGGGGUGGACUAAGCUGCGUCACCGUUUUCAAAGUCGUUCACCAGGAAGAAAAUGGCUGUCCUGAUUUUCUUGUACAUGGGGAGCGUCUCAGGGAUAAAACGGUGGUUUUGGAGUGUACAUUAAAGAAGGACCUCAUUUACAAUAAGGUUACACCAACUUUUCACCACUGGAAGAUUGAUGACAAAAAAUUUGGCCUCACAUUUCAGAGUCCUGCUGAUGCAAGAGCAUUUGAUAGAGGCAUCCGCAGGGCAGUAGAAGAUAUUUCUCAAGGUUGCCUGACAUCACAAGAUGAAACUGAAGUGCCUGCAGAUGGUUUUCCGGCAAUUCCAGAAAAUGCAUCAAGUUUGCUAAUGAAAGAUCAUCACUUCCAGCCUGAACCAGUAGUAAGCAGUGAUCCUUACAAAAGCUUGAUCAUUAGGCCUUCAGCCUUUGAGGAUUUGAACUCAAGAAGAUCCUACUUCCACAGCCACUCCAACCAGAUACCCCCCAAACCGAUCAGGAAUGUCAGUUUUCAGGAUGAGGAAGAAAUUGUUCGAAUAAACCCUCGUGAAAUUUUAAUACGACGCUAUGCAGACUAUAGGCAUCCAGACAUGUGGAAAAAUGACUUGGAUAGAGAUGAAGCAGAUUCCUCGCUGCAGUAUCCUAAGACAGACCAUAAAAAAUCAGACUAUCUCUCCCCCUCUGGAGAUGGGACUAAGUUGAAUUCUCUUAAAGAUUCAAAAGGUUCUGUGGUACUUAAAACACAGCCAUCAUCAUUCAAGUUAAAAAAAUCAAAAAGAAGGAAAGAAGAUGGGGAACGCUCUCGUUGUGUAUACUGCCAAGAAAGAUUUAAUCAUGAAGAGAAUGGCCGGGGCAAAUGCCAGGAUGCACCAGACCCAAUUAGGAGAUGCAUAUAUCAAGUUAGUUGCAUGCUUUGUGCUGAAAGCAUGCUGUAUCACUGCAUGUCAGACUCAGAGGGAGAUUUCUCUGACCCCUGCUCCUGCGACACUAGCGAUGACAAGUUCUGCUUACGAUGGCUAGCUCUUGUCACAUUGUCAUUCAUUGCACCUUGUAUGUGCUGCUACCUCCCCUUGAGAGCAUGCCACCACUGCGGUGAGCUCUGUGGAUGCUGUGGAGGAAAGCAUAAAGCUGCAGGAUGAAGUAGUCUGGUGCCUAAUUUGGGCUGACAAGUCUUUGUUUGGGGGAAAUACCUAAUUUGUGGAAGCGUCUGGCAAGCAGAAGGGAAACCUCUCAUACAUGAAAGGUCUGCUGUGGAAGACGCCUCCAAACUUGCUGCGUUGUGAAGGCUUGCCGCACCUGAUGAUCUGCUUUUAAGUGCGUGGUGCAAGUUGCAAAGAAGUUCUGGUGAAAAGGAAAGCAUUUUCUUAUGAUUGGCGGUUAAAAUUAGUAUGAACCACAGUCCAUACUAUAAGGGAUCAACUUCAGCAAUUUGUACAUUUUAUAAUUUAGGUGGUGGGAGGCUUUUUGAAAUAAUCUUUUUGGUGGGAAAUAUAACUAAAACUGUACUAGUGAGAGCUGAUUUAUAACUAAAGAAAGUGAAUAACUUGGCAACUGCAAGAGGUUACACUGAUUUAAAGUGCAACUAACUUGCUUAUAAAUAGCUUUUGGAGGCAAAUUUAUGUAAAAAUAACAAAUGUUUAUAUUUAACUAAGUAUAUAGUUGUUACGUGCCGUCAAAUCGGAACCAACUUAUAGUGACCCUAAUAGGGCUUUCUAGGUAAGAGAUAUUUAAGGAGUGAUUCUACCAGUUCCACACCCCUAAUGGGUUUCCAUUGGUUAAGGGGGGAAUUUGUACCCAAGCCUCCUUAGUCCUAGUCCAUCAUUCUGUCCACUUCACCACACUGACUAUAUAUGGUACGAAUUAUUAAAUCUUCCUUCUCCUUUCCAGUUGCAAAGCAAUUUUGGACCAUGUUACCAGUCACAUUCCAUGGUAGUAUUUCUGAAUAUUUAACUAGUUGACGUAGUAGUUCUCUUCAAAAUGGACAAAUCAAUACUUUCAGACUUGUUACCCGUUGAUUACAUUUUGUAUUGAGUUCCUCUGUACAUUCUAGUAAUCUGAAAUCUUUUAAAAUAUUAAUUAUUGUAGUCUUGAGUGACCAGUGUUUUUGUUAAGCACAUGUAUAAUUGUCUAAUGCUCCUAUGAAAACAUAACAUUUAUUUUUAUAUACAAAUGACUUUGGUUUCAGUGUAAUGACUUUUUUUUCAUUCUUGAGUUUCCUUCCAAAAAUGUUGAUGACAAAUGCUUGGGAAGGAAAAUUACCAUAAGAUAAUUGUUGCAACAUAGGUAUUUAUCAUCCUGUUCAGUUUGGUAGCCCUUAUUUCUUCAGUCUUCUAAGGGAGCAAAUAAUGUUUCCAUUAAUUUAAUUUUAUUCAUGUAGCAAAGUAUAUUCUGUUUGACAGACUGUAGUCCAAGUAAAGAAAAAAAGCCCAAGUUAAUUUCUUAUGAAUGAAAAUGAGUUUCUCGUAUUUCAGUUGUUGUUAGCAUAUUAAUGAUGAAUGUUUAACUUAAUAUUUGGCUGUGUGUUUUAAAUACCAGCUUUGAGGAAUUCCUAAAUGUCAUUCGUUACAUGAUAUAACCAUAUA